GGGGUGGGGUGAGGACGGGCAGUCACCUGACUAACAAGUGGCACACAGUAAGGUGUUGGUCCAAAGCGUCUGCUGGCCACAGUGUGAAAGUGAGUUUGACAUGCAAACACCUGGCAGAGAUUUUAACGAUCAGAGUAGACACAGCUCCUUGGUAGACAUGGUGGACACCCAGCAGCUCCUUGCCUGGCCUGUCGGCUUCAGCCUGAACAGUGUGGACCUGUCAGAGCUGGAUGACAGCUCCCAUUCCCUCGACAUGAAACAUUUGUCAACGUUAGACUACGCCUCCAUCUCUUCCUCCUCCUUCCAGUCCUCCAUGAGUCCCUCGCUUGGAUCCUGCAUCUCCCCUGCCAGUGUGGCCUGUGACCCCAGUCCACCGCAGAGCGAGGAACACUUCACCAACAUGGACUACACAAACAUGCACAGCUACAAGACGGAGCUGGACACAAACAACUUGAUCAAGCUGGAACCGGAGUCACCUCCACAGUUCUCUGACAGUCCCAUGUUCUCCAAGCUGCAGGACGAUAUGCCGACAGCAGCACUAAACAUCGAGUGUCGUGUGUGUGGAGACAAAGCCUCAGGGUUUCACUAUGGCGUCCAUGCCUGUGAGGGCUGUAAGGGUUUCUUCAGGCGCACAAUCAGGUUAAAGUUGGUGUACGAUCACUGUGAUCUUCACUGUCGCAUUCACAAGAAGUCCCGUAACAAAUGCCAAUACUGUCGCUUCCAGAAGUGCCUCAAUGUUGGCAUGUCUCACAACGCCAUUCGUUUUGGCCGGAUGCCCCAGGCGGAGAAGGAGAAACUGCUGGCUGAGUUCUCAUCUGACAUGGAGCACAUGCACCCUGAGGCAGCAGAUCUGAGGGCUCUGUCCCGGCAUCUGUACGAGGCCUAUCUGAAAUACUUCCCUCUCACCAAGGCCAAGGCCAGGGCCAUCCUCUCGGGGAAGACCGGAGAUAAUGCACCUUUUGUCAUCCAUGACAUGAAGUCUCUAAUGGAGGGAGAGCAGUUUAUUAAUUGCAGGCAGCUACCCACCCAGGAGCACCAGCAGCAGGCAGUUGGACAUGGAGGUGCUUCUCAUGUGGUUCCACGUGCCACAGGAGCUCACCUGGGCUCAGAGUAUAACAUUUUAGAUGCUGCAGAGCUGCGUUUCUUUCAUAGCUGUCAAUCACGUUCAGCUGAAGCAGUGAGAGAAGUCACAGAGUUUGCCAAGAGUAUUCCAGGAUUUGUUGACCUGGAUCUCAAUGAUCAGGUAACUUUGCUGAAGUACAGUGUGAUCGAGAUCUUAAUCAUCAUGAUGGCGCCUCUCAUGAACAAAGACGGGACCCUCAUUUCCUACGGGCAGAUCUUCAUGACACGGGAGUUCCUUAAGAGUCUCAGGAAACCCUUCGGUCAAAUGAUGGAACCAAAGUUUGAGUUCUCAGUCAAGUUUAACACUCUGGAGUUGGACGACAGUGACAUGGCGCUGUUUCUGGCUGUCAUUAUCCUCAGCGGGGACCGUCCAGGUCUGCUGAACGUGAAGCCCAUCGAGCAGCUUCAGGAGACUGUGCUGCAUUCCUUGGAGCUGCAGCUGAAGCUAAACCAUCCAGACUCUAUGCAACUGUUUGCCAAACUGCUCCAGAAAAUGACCGACCUUCGUCAGAUCGUCACCGACCACGUCCGCCUCAUCCAGCUGCUGAAAAAGACAGAGGUGGACAUGUGCUUACACCCACUGCUGCAGGAGAUCAUAAAGGACUUGUAUUAGAAUUUAAAAAGUGCAGAGAAAAAUAGAAAGACAGAGUAAAGAGAUUUUAUUUUUGAAAUCAUGACUUGUGAAAUUAUACGAGAAAGCAGUUUGUGCUGCUGGUAGCCAGACAGGCUGACUGAAAAUGAGAGAGAGAGGAACAGGAAAAGAGAAAUCAAGGAAAGAAAGACAGAAUCUUAGUGUUAGAUCUUGUCUAGACAGCAGCAUGUGAAUAACUUGUGGUGCACAGUCAUUUAGCCACUGCUGAGCCUGGAGAUUUUGUGAAUGAGUAGGCUGCCAACUGAAAUAUGAAACUACCACCUAUUGCAACAAUCGGGGCGAGCGUCUAUGACUAACUGAAAGAGUGGGGACUUUCUUUUUGGCAAGCCGAGGCUAAAAAUUGUGAGUGCUUAUCAUGGACUGCCUCAAGUGCCAUGCGGAGAAAUGUUUCACUGUGAAUAUUUUACACCGUAUGUCACACAGUAGAGUAUGUUUUGUUCAUGUGCAGCUUAUCUACAUGUUGCAUUACAACCGUCAUAGGCAGCGAUGGUGUGUACAUGAUUCAAUGCCUCCGUGAACACGCACAAAUGCAUGAAUGCUCACACGCACACGCACACACACACACACACACACACACACAGAGCAAUGAACAUACAGAAAAUUUUCUGUUUUGACAUCCGGGUGAAGGUGCUAUCUCUUUUUAAUCAGCUUUAUCCAAAGACAGAAAUCUGAUUAUUGUCAGUCACCUGCAGAAACUGUGAGAAAGUGUGAAGCCUACAAGAGGCACAUUACCAUGAUGAUGUAAGCUCUUUGCUGAAAAAUCAUACAGUAUAUGCAAUAUUGUGCCUUUAAGAGUCACUGUUUUUUUUGUUUGUUUGUUUGUUUGUUUUGCAGUUUUUCUUUUUUUUGUGAAAUUAAUGCCAUUAAAAAACAUCAGAUAAAUUAGACAUGUAUAAUAUGUAUUCAUGUAUAUUAUUUUUGUAUGGAUGAAAUUGUAUGUCAAGCACAACUGGCUUAUCAUCUUAGAUUGUUUUAUUCCAAAUUCCUGACAAAAGUGGUUGACUUUUACUAUGAAAUUAUUUUGUAUACCUGCCGUACAAGUGUCUGCUAUGUCUGAUCAAUCAGUUGUUUUUUUCAGCUGGUCACAGACGAAGGGAUUGGAUUAAUACUAGUGGGGAAGGAAGAUAAAUUUGUUGUAAAUAAAAUAUUUUCUAACUUUU